UGGAUAGAGGGACUGAACAACAGUUUAAGGACUCGGACUCCUCCAGAGACCAGAAACUGUCUACAGGACUAAAGGAGAACUGAUCCAGGACUGAAGGAGUACGGAUCAACACUGACAUGGCAUCUGUGAGAACUUUCCUGUGUCUGGGUCUGAGUCUGAGCGCUGGAAUCAUCAAAGCUGCAGAUCCAAACUCUAAAGCAGAAAAUGUUCGUUGGACAUCUCUGGACUUCAAAACCAUGCUGAGCUGGACAACCAAAACACCAGAGCACUCCUACACCAUACGUUACUCCAGUAUUGAUGGUGACUGGAUUCACCCUGAUCACUGUGACCAGCUGUCAGACCACUUGUGUGAUAUGACUGAAGAGCUGAAAUAUUAUGACAGGGCGUUCAUAGCUGACGUUCUAACCGACAUCACAGAUGACGACUACGACCACGGCGACUACCAGCACACCGAGUCUAAACCCUUCAACCCUUACAGAGAGACUAACAUCAGUGCAGUGGAGUUUACUGUUCAUGCUGCAAAUGAGAGCUCCAUGUUGAUCAACAUCACUGACACACUGACCAGCGUGCAUAAAGACGGGAAACAGCUCACCAUCAGAGACAUUUUCAAACAUGACCUCUUGUAUAAAAUCAACUACCAUAAGGCUGAAAGUACCGGAAAGAGAGAGAAGCUGUCUGAAAACAGUGCGGCCUUCGUGUAUAGCUUGGAUUCUGGAACCAGAUACUGCUUCAUGGUAGCAGCGGUCAUCAAGUCCAGACCGCCGAACAUGCAGCAGGGAGCGUGGAGCCGGCACCUGUGUCAGGAAACCGGCGGAGACCAGAGCAUGCACGAGCUGGGUCCGGGAGCCUGGGUCGGCCUCAUCUUCAUCCUUCUCACAGUCUUCAUCAUCUUCGUCACGGUGACCGUCCUCUGCUGCAGAAACCGCCGACAGAAAAACAACCCCCCUCAGACGCCACAGUCCCAGUCCUCAGCUCCAGUUUAGGGACUCUGCAGCCCUGCUUACAUUAUUGAACUUUUUUGGUCAUUCAUUCAUUCAUUCAUUCCAAGUGUUUGAAAUGAAGUCAUCGAUCUCCCUGAAGACCUGAUACCAGAACUCUCUGACCCCCCUCUGAUUUCAACAACUGCCCAUCCAUCAUCAUUAUGGUUAGUACCUGGAGGAAAAUUAGCCACCAGCUAAUAGGAUAGAGGAGCCUCUUUAUCAGCUUUUCUCCCUCCUGUUGUCUUAAACAUGUUUUAAGGACACACUGAUACACUAUAAAGACAAUAAAUCUGGAGGGUACUGGUUAGACUGGAGUGACAACUGGGGCCUUGACUUGUCUGUAUGCAAAAGGAAAGGAUCAAAUGUUUUAUUGGCUUUAACUACAUCAUCUCCAAAGGCAAGGAUGGAAUGUUUUAUAAAUUUUGAUGACAUCAUCUUUAAAGGCAAGGAUGGAAUGUUUUAUUGGCUUCGAUGACAUCAUCUCCAAAGGAAAGGAUAGAAUGUUUUAGAAAUUUU